GGGGGGUCCGGCCGGCGCUGCCCGGAGAUGUCGGGGGUGCUGGUGAUCGCUGCCUGGUGCUUCCUGCAAGUGGAGAGCCGGCAUCCUGAGAUCAUCACGAGUAACAGCAAUCAUGGCAAUUUCCUGGACAACGACAAAUGGCUGAGCACAGUUUCGCAGUACGAUAAAGACAAGUACUGGAACAAAUUCCGGGAUGAAGUUGAGGAUGAUUAUUUCAGGAACUGGAAUCCAAACAAGCCAUUUGAUCAAGCCCUGGAUCCAUCCAAAGAUCCCUGCCUGAAGGUGAAGUGCAGCCCACACAAAGUGUGCGUCACCCACGACUACGAGACCGCGAUUUGCGUCAGCCGCAAGCAGCUGGUGCACAGCCUUCGACAAAAGAAAGGCAACUUGGCCCAGAAGCACUGGGCUGGAGCAGCCAACGUAGCCAAGUGCAAGCCCUGCCCCGUGGCACACUCCGGUGCCGUGUGCGGCUCCGACGGACACACCUACACCAGCAAGUGCAAGAUGGAGUUCCAUGCCUGUACUUCUGGCAAAACCAUCACAGCUCGAUGUGAAGGGCCCUGCCCCUGCCUGCCAGGACCUGAAAGUUUAAAACACAAGAUGGAGAAAACUGCUUGCACAGACAAGGAGCUGAGGAGUCUGGCCUCCAGGCUAAAGGACUGGUUCGGUGCCCUUCACGAGGAUGCAAAUCGUGUCAUCAAACCCACGAGCUCGGAGACAGCACAAGGCAGAUUUGACACCAGCAUCCUACCAAUCUGUAAGGAUUCCUUAGGCUGGAUGUUCAACAAACUUGACAUGAACUACGACCUGCUGCUGGAUCCCUCUGAGAUCAGUGCCAUUUAUCUGGAUAAGUACGAGCCCUGUGUCAAGCCGCUCUUCAACUCCUGCGACUCCUUCAAGGACGGGAAGCUUUCCAACAACGAGUGGUGCUACUGCUUCCAGAAGCCCAGUGGUCUUCCUUGCCAGAACGAAAUGAAUAGAAUUCAAAAGCUAAGUAGAGGGAAGAGUCUGUUGGGUGCUUUCAUCCCCCGGUGCAAUGAGGAAGGUUAUUACAAAGCCACGCAGUGCCAUGGCAGCACGGGGCAGUGCUGGUGUGUUGAUAAGUAUGGCAAUGAGAUAGCUGGCUCCAGAAAGCAGGGCACAGUCAGCUGUGAAGAAGAGCAAGAAACCUCAGGGGAUUUUGGCAGUGGUGGAUCUGUUGUAUUGUUGGAUGAUUUGGAAGAGGAACCUGAAGCAACAAAAAAAGACAAAGAAGGAAAACUGAAGAUUCAUGUAAGAGCAGCUAAUGAGGAUGAUGAAGAUGAAGAUGAUGAUAAGGAUGAUGAAAUUGGUUAUAUAUGGUAGUGCCCAUCAUAAUGAGGACUCACGUUUUGCACAAUAUUGCAACUCACAUCAUAUCUCUGCAAUUGUAUCUGAGAGUACCUGGCACAAAUAGUCCCUCUCUACUGAGUUUAAUUUUGUAUAGUCAGUUUAAUUUGGAUGACAACUGUUUUUUUCCAGCAAGGACUGUUUGGAAAACAGCUUUUGUUCAGUUGGUUUGGGGAAUUUUUGUUCUAUCCACAGGGGCAAUGAGUUUUGUUUCCAAGACCAUUUUGUGUCUUAAUCGUCACUUGCACCACUUAGGAAAUCUGUCCUGUGAAAGAAUUCUGGAAGGGGCUCAAAAAAACAAUACAAAGGCUUAGAAGCCCCUCUCAUGUCACAGAAUUUGUGUCAUAAAUUUUUGCCUGGAUCAUAUGAUCAUAUCAGAAAAAG